ACCACGUCAGCCCAGGAAAUCCACAUCUGGCUUCUUCACUUGCGGAAUUGUUUGAGAUCAGACACCCGGAUAGCUGAAGAAAUUUUGGGAUUGCACAAUGGAAGAAUUUCUGCACAAACUGUAAGAAAAGUUGCAGGGAAGCCCAUCUGCAUGCUCGUCGUGCUCACCAGGUUGACCUGAGGGAAAAUGCUCGCCUUCAAUGGCUACUGGCACGCUGAAGAAGUGUGCUCUUAAAGGAUUAAUCACGCGUCACAUGGGUUGGCGGUUUGCUGAUGUCAAUGUUGUGAACAGAGUGCCGUUCUUCCCCUGAGCGAGGCAGUUGACCCACUGUUCUCCGGGCAUCGAAGACGUAGUUGUCGUUUAAGGCAGCCCCCCGCACCUCUGAUUCAAAUGCCUGGGUGGUUGGUGGAAAGAGUGCGUGGAUGUCGGCGGUUAGCUGUGUCGCCAGAUUGUUCAAAUUCAUAUAAUCAAAUGUACUGGAUGAGGUCCAGUUGGAUGUGCCACUGCUGCCAGUCAUCCUUGAUGUCCAGGAUGCUGCUAUCAUCCUUGAGGAUGUGCCAGAUGUACCGACUAUCCUUGAGAACCAUGCUGGUCCGGUGGCUAAAGCUUGGAGAACUUUCCAGUUCAUCAGCCCCAUUAUCACCUAUAUGCGUGGGGGAUCCCAGCAGGUGGUGGUGAGGAUGCACCAUGUGAGUAGGGUUCGAGGCCUGGAGACUCAACUGGUGUGGGCCAUCUCCAGGGAGACAGCCAGACUUAGUUCAGAGGGCAUCCCCUACUGUGCCACCAAGGUUCAGUCCGUCACUUGGAUCCUGUAUAUGGCUGGCAGGGUGACCCAGUAUGCUUCUCACCUCCGCCAUGAGACGUCUGUGGACGUGACCCUUGGCUGCUACCAGCAGACUGAUGUCUCGGUGGUGUAUGCCACUCUCCACAUGGGGCCGGAUGGGCUGCUCUCCUCCUCGGCGUGGUCGGAGGCUGCCUCCGUGUCUACGCCCACCAAUCAGCAGUUCACUGAGCCAGAGCCUGAAUGCCACAACUGCUAUGAGGGCUGGGAGGAGGACCUGCUGCCUGAGGAGAGGGAGGUUCCUCUGCUAAACCUCUACCUUACCACCAAGAGAGUGGAGGACAUCGCCCUGAGGCUCGUCUCCCUGCGCCAGGCCUUCACUACCCUGCUUGGUUCCACCCUGAGCAGGAACCAUCUGUUUGUGGCAGGAAAGGUCCUAAUGGGCGCACUGGUUCAAGCCCAGCACAUGGACGAGGCCGAAUUCAUCCGUGCCUAUAACGACUUUGUGGACUACCUGAGUGACCCCUCUAAGCAGAUUGACAUUGAGAGGGAGCUGGCUGAGGCAAAGAUCCAUCAUGUUAACCUGAUAGAUGUCCUUUUUGAACUGGUGCUUUUUGGGAUGAUGACAGCUCAGAAGUCCCUGAUGGUGCACCCUGGUGGGUUCAUGGAGCGUCUGUACGCUCUCCUGUACUCCUUCCUGCCCGUAGCUGCCAGCAUUGAGCCAAAGGCCGAGAGAUACCUGCUGCUGCUCAAUGGCGGGCUGAUGGCUCUGCUAGAUGACAUGUUUGGGCAGCAGCUGGCCUGGUACUUUAACCCAGUGUCUCUGGUCACUGAGCUCUCCAACCUCCUGGAGUACCACCUGGAGAACCUCAUGGCCAGCAUGUAGUCCUACUCCAGAGAUCUGAAAGGCCACAUUUCUUUCUCUUUCUCUCAGGAAUUGAGGACUUUAAGUGCUUCACUGAACCCUGAUUAGUUAACACCCAUUGAAUUAAUGUAUUCUCUUGUUUUCUCUCCCCACAGGAUUCUUGCGACACUUUGCCACCACACAGGGGUCUAGACACAAAUGCACUACAUUACUUUGCACUGAAUUUUACAUUUUUAAAUAAA